AUGCUAGCUGACUUGAGGCGUGCCCGACCAAAACGAGCAGCUUCGCAGCACACGUUCUGCAACGGCCACUCAUGGUACUUACAAAUUAGCGUUCUGGGAUCCCUGCACCAUGUCGCGACAGGGAUUUAUGCCGGUUUUUGCGGCGAAUACACGAGUGUCGCCAUUCCAUCCUUUCUUGCCGAUCCAAGAGCACAAAAAUUGGCGCAGAGCGAAGUUGCUGCAAUCGUUAGCACGUAUUACGCCGGAUUGAUCGUUGGCUACUUUUUCGGGGCUUUUGUUGCGGAGAAGUUCUCGAAACGCGUUUUCCUAUUGGCGACCUUCUUGCCAAUGGCUGCCGCUUGGCUGCCAUUUUGCUUCGUGACGAGUCUUCCUUUGAUGAUCAUCGCCAGAUUAUCUCAAGGUUUGAUUUACUGCUAG